CUCAGUCCGAGAGUGACGAUGAACUUUCAGGAACAACGACAUCUGAUGACGAUAACAGCUCUCCCAAAGGUUUCAUCAGAAAACGAUCUGCAAAGAAAAAAGACAAAAAUCCACCUGUGGCUGAAUCAGGUUCCGGUAAGAAGAAAGGUUCUAAUGGUAAAGAUUCAUCGCAAGCUUCAACAACGACUGCCCAGCCCGAGAGCGUCAGUACCCAUCCAGGAGGCCAGGCAGCGGACAGCACUGACAGCACUUCUGCAGAAUCAGGUUCCGGCAAGAAGAAAAGCUCCAAGGGCAAAGAUUCAUCGCAAGCUUCAACAGCGACCGCACAACCCGAGAGCGACAGUGAACAGUCAGGAAGCCAUGCAUCAGGCGGCACUUCCGCAGCCCCAUCUGAGAGUACCAGUAAACAGUCAAAAGGCCAUGCAUCAAAUGGCACCGACAGCACCUCCAAAGGCCCUAAGUCCGCGAAGAAAAGCUCAGGGAGCGCUCACAGUUCAGCCUCUACAGAGGAUGAUUUGA